AUCACUUUAAAUUUUGUCUCUACUUUCUCAUAAAAUAAUCUCUGCGAGCUUUUCGUCUCUGCAACUGUAAGCCGUAGCAGACAACACUCUCUCACCAGUCUCUCUCUAAAGAGAGAGAGAGAGAGAUAGAGAGAGAGAUUGACACAUACCCGAUUAACUGUUCCUUUCUCUCUCCAACAUCUCUAUAAAGAAGUGAGUGACCUCAUUUAUCCACAUCCCAUGAUCCCAUUGAACAACUGGUCGUCCAUUUUAUUUAAAUCAAAAUAGCGCCACCAUCUUCCGCCAUGGAUGGCGCCCAGCUUCACCACAUGUAUAAACCACCUGAAACUCCAAGAGAGCCAAUGGAAUUCCUCUCGCGCUCCUGGAGCGCCUCAGCUUUUCAAAUCUCCAAAGCUCUAGCUCCGCUGCCGCCCCCCAACAACAUUCCUGAAAUUGGCGCCGAUAUCAUACUCGAAGAUAUCUCGGCCGAGAUGGAGUCCGCCGCCGCUGUCGUCGGAAACCCUUUCGCCUUUGCUUCUUCCCAGACCUCUCAGCUUGUUAUGGAGCGCAUUAUGUCUCAGUCUCAGGAUGUAUCACCACGUACUUCGGGAAGGCUAUCCCACAGCAGUGGGCCUCUCAACGGUGGUUCCAUCUCUGAUAGCCCACCAGUCUCCCCAUCUGAAAUGGAUGAUCUCAAGUUGAUCAAUGAUCAUGUUAGCAGUAGCAACCAGAUCAAGAGCAGCUUCGUCGUUGGAACCUCUGCAGGCGGAAGGAAGACGGUGGGGAGGUGGUUGAAGGAUAGGAAGGAGAAGAAGAAAGAGGAGGUGAGGGCACAGAAUGCACAGCUUCAUGCUGCCAUUUCUGUUGCUGGUGUAGCAGCUGCAAUUGCUGCCAUCGCGGCAGCCACAGCCGUGUCGUCUGGAGCUAGAAAGGAUGAGCAGAUGACCAAGACUGACAUGGCGGUGGCCUCCGCUGCAACACUAGUGGCUGCACAGUGUGUUGAGGCGGCUGAGGCUAUGGGGGCCGAGCGCGAGCACUUGGCCUCAGUGGUCAGCUCCGCUGUCAAUGUCCAGUCGCCUGGCGACAUUAUGACCUUGACAGCUGCUGCAGCUACUGCACUGCGUGGCGCUGCAACAUUGAAGGCGAGGGUGUUGAAGGAAGUUUGGAACAUCGCAUCCGUGAUCCCCGUGGAUAAGGUUAUGGGAGUACCUAGUGGUGGCAGCAGUGGAAGAAAUGGGAGUUUGAGUGGAAGCCACAGUGGUGAGCUUGUAGUGGAAGAGAAUUUUCUUGGCAUUUGCAGUAAGGAGUUGCUUGCUAGAGGCGGCGAGCUCUUGAAACGAACGCGAAAGGGUGAUCUUCAUUGGAAGAUUGUGUCUGUGUACAUCAACAGAAUGGGUCAGGUGAUACUCAAAAUGAAGAGUAGACAUGUUGCUGGGACAGUCACAAAAAAGAAAAAGAAUGUAGUGUUGGAGGUGAUGAAGGACGUGCCGGCGUGGCCCGGGCGCCACCUGCUCGAUGGCGGUGAGGACCGGAGAUACUUCUCGUUGAAGACGGUGGCGCGUGGUGUUGUCGAGUUCGAGUGCCGGAAUCAAAGGGAUCAUGAUAUAUGGACUCAAGGUGUUGCAAGGUUGCUUGCAAUUACUGCAGAUAAGAGCAGACCCUGAUGGUUUUGCAAUCCUAUGAUUAUGGCCUAAAAUCAUGAAGUUUGGCUGGCAAUUGUAGUUUUUAUUUGAUGUCUUUGCCUAUGUCCAGUGUAUAAAAUGAAGCUAAAGUUUUUCUCAUUGGGGUCAUUUAUUUAGUAAUGGUAAAAAGUAAAGUGAAAGCUUAGAAAACCAUGUGAUCUUUUGUGGGAAAGAAAAAGGGGUAUCUUGGACUAGGUUUUGGUCAAAAAAGAAAGAAUGGGAGAAUCCCAUUUUUCUUAGAUUUUAUAUUAUUAUAAUUCAGGUUAUGUUAAGUCCCUUUAAUGAGUGUUGGGAACAUAGAUUAAGGUUUGUAAUUAGGCUGCUUGGUUUGUAAUCAUUGUAUUACAUUUGUUUGUUUUGGGUGCUUGUCUUUUUCUGUAAUAAUUCCACUAGGACUGUAAAUGAAUGAAUAAUGCUAACACUUUCUAUCUUGA